GGAAUACCACACUGGGGUCCUUUUAUUCCCAUACUAUUUAACAUUAUGAUCAACAAAUAUCUCUGAGAACACUGGUAUUGACCUUACACAGGUGAUGGAGCCAUUUGGAAAAGGGGAAUAAAUUUACCUUAAGUCCUUGAAGUUUACAUCAAUAUUCAGAAAGCCAUAGAUAAUGUUGGAAAAUUGUCAUAUAAUUGGGGAUUCAAGCUCUCUGUGGCAGAAUCAGGUGACAUGCUUUUCACAAUAAAAAUGAACAGAUAGCAAUAUAGUAAGGAUGUUAUAUAAUAAUCAACGGAGAGGGUAAAAUACUCUAAAAACUUAGGAUUGUGGCUUGAUCAAAAAGACACAUGGAAACAUCAUAUAAUACAUGUAGAGGCUAAAUGCAAAAAGGAAAAAUUAAACCUUAUGAGAUGUGUUUCUGGAUAUGACUGGGGCAUGAACAAAGAGUCAGUGCUGCAUAUCUGUCUCUAAUGAGAUCUGCCACUGAUUAUUCUUGUGUAAAGAUCUUUCAGUAACAUUCCCUGCUGGACAUGACAACUGCAAGUUUUGGAGUCCUUGUUGGGCUUCUGUUGGCCCAGCUGGCAGUAUUCUGUGUGGGUUUAUCUGUGAGCGUCGGCGAUUCCCUCACUCUUCCCUGCCAUGGAGACCCCAGCAGGGAUGUGGAGUGGCGGUUUCAGCAGUAUGAGUAUCCUGAGUGGCUGCCCGUGGCCGAACUCCACACCGGAUCCUUUUCCCCAGGAUGCGGCUUCCAGGGACGGGUGGAAUCCUUCUACCUAACAGAGCCGGGAAACUACAGCCUCACCCUCAGUCCUCUGGUGUACAGUGACCUCGGCAUUUAUGAAUGCCGAUACAUGGAUGGGAUCAUACUUUCAGAUGUGAAACUGGAAAUUAGAGUCUCAGGCCCAUCAAAUGUUUCCGUAGCGAUGGGAAUGUCCGCCAGUCUUCCUUGCUUUGGGAACAUUGAUAAACAAGCACGUGCUGGUGACCUGGAUGUCCUCUGGAAGAGACGUGGAGAGAACGUUUACCAGCUCCAUAAGAACACCAUCACAUAUGGGCCCAGGUUUGAGAACAGAGCUUCAGUUUCCCCUGAACAAGCCCUCUAUGGAAACAUGUCUUUAACCAUCAGACAGACAUGGUUUUCAGAUGAAGACGACUACCAGUGCUUCUACAGCAGUCCAAAAGAGAGUGGGAACCCAGAUUCUGUCAGGCUCGUUGUUACAGGCCACCCACCCCAGACCCUCACAGUGAAGGCCGGUGGUUUGCUUUCCAUACCGCUCUAUACCGCAGACCCAGUGAGGGUAACAUUCAGUGCAGGUCUUGGUUCAGAUGAGGUGCUGAUGCUCGAUGCAAAUAAAGGCCCAGCCAGGUAUGAGGAGCAUUGUGCUCAGAGAUGUGAGCUUCUGGCCCAGAACUACACCCUUUUGCUGUGGAAUGUGACACUGGAGGAUGCCGGAGUCUACAAGGUGACCGAUCCUGAGACCAACAGGACCAUCGGCUCUGUCUCUGUGCGAGUCUCAGGCCUGCCUCGCUCUGUACCAGAUUCAGCGGGAGACUCUGCAGGACUCCCUGCAGGAGCAGUGGCUGGGAUCGUAUUGCUGGUGUUGGCGCUGUUAGCAGUAGUCUGCUUUGUAGUCUGGAAGUACCGCGCAAAGUUCAGCAGACCCCCUGUAUCUGUGCCUGAAACCCAGCCUUCUCACCCCGAACCCAGUCUCCCUCUGUCCGAGAUCCAGACUUCACCUGCCGAACCCCGUCUAUCUGAGCCUGAGACCAAGCCUUCUGACCCCGAACUCCGUCUAUCUGAGCCUGAAACCCAGCCUCAGAUGCCUGAGACCCACCCUCUGAUGCCUGAGACCCACCCUCAGAUGCCUGAGACCCACCCUCAGAUGCCUGAGACCCAGCCUCUGAUGCCUGAGACCCAGCCUCUGAUGCCUGAGGCCCAGCCUCUGAUGCCUGAGACCCAGCCUCUGAUGCCUGAGACCCAGCCUCUGAUGCCUGAGACCCAGCCUCAGAUGCCUGAGACCCAGCCUCUGAUGCCUGAGACCCAGCCUUUUGACCAGAAUGAAAAGCUGGAGAAAGGGGAUGGAAUCCUGUAGUGCCAUAGACCUAUGACAUCACAGAGUGAGAAAGAGAGAGAGACGGAGAAAGCGAGAGGUUAUUAAAGGGAUAUUUCACUUUUGUAUAACAGAAGUCAUAUUCUGGCACUCACUCCAUUGUCACCCCACCCCAUAACAUCAGCUGUCCCUGCUGACUGUUAAAGGCAGCACCGUUUCCUUCUGCUAGUCCGGCUUCCAGUUCACUCCCAUUCAUUACUCCCUGAGCUGACCAGAGGAGGAUGGGUUCCCCCCUUGAGCCUGGUUCAUUCUAAGGUUUGUUCCCAUCUGCCACAGGGAGUUUUUCCUUGCCACUGUUGCCUUAGGGUUGCUCCUGUGGGGGGUUUAGGCCAGUGUUGUUUGACUAUUGUUUGUGAAAUGCGCUAUGUAAAUACUUUUUUUAUUUGAUUUGAUUUAAUGUUCUGUUUGUGGUCCUGGAGACCCCAGAUAACGUUGUUUUAUCAGCUUGAUACUGUCAUGGGUCUGGGGUGUAGUGGCCUUGUGCUGCCACUAGAUGGCACCCAGCAUCUGGGAAAUGCUUCAUUUGUUUCAGGUGUUUUGAUUUCCACCUGGGGAAGUGCCUUCAUAAGCGUUGACUGACCGGCAAUCAGCGCUUCUGUGUCAAACCUCUUUUACACAAAGCCAGUAAGGUAUAGAUACUCGUUGGAGAAUUGUGUUUGUGUGUGAUUCUGUGUCCUCUGUUUUUAUUUUGAGAUCAGUCUCAGGGUUUGGUAUGAGAGCUUCGCCUCUGUAUCACUGGUCCCUUUCUUUUCGCCCUGGUUUGUAACGGGUAGUUUUUGGUUUCUCGAGCCAGUUUUGCGGCUGGACAGGUUUGUCCUUCGGAGUCGUUUUUACUCCGUGUUUUCUAUUGGUAUACGAUCCUGUGUGUGCGGGAGUUGCUCUCCCAAGGAUGUUAUUUUUGUGUUUUAGUUUCUGGUGUUCCCUUUCCUUUGUCCUUCGGGACUUGGUGGCUAACACUUCCUGUAGCGUUAGCUUUUCGUUCCCCUGUAUUAGUCGCUUCUGGUUCUCCCCCCACCAUUACAGAUACUUAUUGAUGUUUCCUAAUUUCCUGAGAACAGCUAAUGAGCAGGAUUUUGAUUGGGUGGCAUCUUUUAGGAGUUCUCAAAAUUGCAUGUAAGUUCUGUUUAGUUUCUGUUAGCACUUAUGGUGCUUUUGUCUUGUGACUUCAUCCUGGCCUCCUCCGCUCCUUCAGCCUUAGCACCU